CGUAGACGUGCCGGCAAGGAAUGACAAUGAAUCCAAGAGUGCUUUCUCAUCCUCAUCCACGGUAGCCAUGCAAUACCACCCUCACUCAAUCAUCUUCACCAAACAUUCCAUUCCACUCUAAAAUUCCCUCUCUAAAUCGCAUUAAAACAUCAACAACUUUCUCUUUCCGAUACAUCCAAUUUUACCAACUUCCCUUCUCUUCCUCACCGAUUUUCUCCACAAAGUUAGGGCUACGCCCACAGCAGAAUGAGCUUUCAAGACUUAGAAGCCGGUCGCCGCAACCUUACCAACGGCAAGCAAGACCCGACGCAUGCGGUGGCUUCCGGCGUAUUUCAGAUCAACACCGCUGUCUCCACUUUUCAGAGACUCGUCAACACCCUCGGAACCCCUAAAGACACGCCCGAACUCCGCGACAAACUCCACAAGACGAGACUUCAUAUUGGACAAUUGGUGAAGGAUACGUCGGAUAAACUUAAACAAGCUAGUGAAAUUGAUCAUCAUGUUGAUGCUAAUGCAACCAAGAAGAUAGCAGAUGCUAAAUUGGCGAAAGAUUUUCAGGCAGUGUUGAAAGAAUUUCAGAAGGCACAGCGUCUUGCAGCUGAGAGGGAGACAGCUUACCCUCCUUUUGUUCCGCAAGCAGUUCAGCCAUCCAGCUAUACAGUCAGUGAAGUAGGUGAUAUUUCUGAUAAAAGUCAAGAACAGCAUGCACUUCUAGUGGAGUCCAGAAGACAAGAGGUAAUAUCCUUAGAUAAUGAGAUUUCCUUCAAUGAGGCUAUCAUUGAGGAAAGAGAACAAGGCAUUCAAGAAAUCCAGCAGCAGAUUGGUGAAGUAAAUGAGAUCUUCAAAGAUCUUGCUGUUCUUGUUCAUGAGCAAGGAGCAAUGAUCGAUGAUAUUGGGUCCAACAUUGAGCAUUCCCAUGAAACCACUGCCCAAGCAAAGUCACAACUUGUGAAAGCUUCAAAGACACAAAGAUCAAGUUCAUCUCUGGUGUGCUUGCUUCUGGUGAUAUUUGGAGUUGUGCUUCUCAUCAUCUUCAUUGUUGUUGCUGUUUAGUCCAUUAUGAAUCAAAUGAAGUAUUUACUGAGCCACAGAAUCUCUCUUGCUGAUAAUUUCACCGUGUAAUGUUUUACCUGAUCUCAUGAAUGACUGGGUUUUGUCACUUUGUCUCAUUUGGUUUCAGUACACGGCGCGGGAAGUCACAUACUCUAUCCUGUCUUUGUUGUUUAGGGGGUAUGUGUUCUUCUUAUCUAUGUUGGUGUUUGGCAUUUUAAGGAUGUGUCACAUCCUGCUUGUUGUGUAAAUUAUGUUCUUGCUUAUAUAACAGAAGAAAUAUUUAACUCUUUCUUUAGAUAUGCAACUCAACAGGUGGCAUUUCCAACU